AAAAAUGUCAGUCAGUCGAUUUUUGCUUGUGGGAGGCAGUCAUGUGUUGUUAGUAAACGCUUUCGCAAGCUAAAAUUCGCUUUUGGAAAUUAAUUUCUCAUUACAAAUCACAUAAAAAUACUAUCAACUGUUUUAAUUGAAACGGCAUGUUGCUAUUAAGUUAAAGCAUUGUAAUUUACAAAGAAGUGCACUUACAUCGGUCGUGAUGGGUCGUUUCCUGACACCGGAUAAAUUGGCCGGGUUCGAAAAAUACAAGUACAAUUCCAUCGAUACUAGUGUGCUCAGUAACUAUGUUAUGCACCCAUUUUGGAAUUGGUGUGUUCAGUUUUGUCCGGUGUGGGUGGCACCAAACCUGCUAACAUUUGCUGGGUUCCUACUGACCGUUUUUAACUUCCUCCUAUUCUCGUACUACGACUAUGGGUUUCACGCCCUUACUGAAGAGAAUGUCACUAACGAUCACAUUCCUUCGUGGGUGUGGGCUGUGUCCGCUGUGAACUUAUUCGUGGCAUAUACUCUAGACGGCAUCGACGGCAAGCAAGCCCGCAGGACAGGCACUAGCGGGCCGCUGGGCGAGCUCUUUGACCACGGCCUCGACUCGUACUCGUCCGUGCUCAUACCCACUUGUUUGUACAGCAUAUUUGGAAGAGAUGAGUUAAGCCCACUCCGGUUUUUCUUUGUGAUAUGGAACAUAUUUAUAAACUUUUAUCUCACGCACUGGGAGAAAUACAACACUGGGGUGAUGUUCCUGCCUUGGGGAUAUGACUUCACCAUGAUUGGGUCGUGCUGCCUGCUGCUAACGACAUCUGUCAUUGGGCCUAAGGCGUGGCACGUGUCGCUGCCGGGAGGACUCAGCCCUGGGAUCGUGUUCGAGUUCGUGCUUUACUUCUCCGCCAUGAUCACCAGCCAGACCGUCAUCCUGUGGAAUAUUUACAAGUCGUACCGCGACGGCACGGGCAAGAUGCGUCCGUUCUCGGAGGCGGUGCGGCCGCUGGUGCCGGUGCUGGGUUAUUCCACUAUUCCCCCACCGUCGUACCGCGACGGCACGGGCAAGAUGCGUCCGUUCUCGGAGGCAGUGCGUCCGCUGGUGCCGGUGCUGCUGUUCUUCGCGCUCAGCAGCGCGUGGGCGCUGUACUCGCCCACCGACAUCAUCAACCGAGGCCCCAGGCUGUUCUAUCUGCUCACCGGAACUAUAUUCUCGAAUAUCAACUGCCGUCUGAUCGUGUCCCAGAUGAGCGACACGCGAUGCGAGCUGUUCAACGGGCUGCUGGUCCCGUACGCACUGGUGCUGGCGCUGGUGCUGUGCGUGCAGGUGUCGCCCAUGAGCGAGCUGCUGCUGCUGGCGGCGCUGUGCGCGGGCUGCUCCGCCGCGCACGUGUACUACGGCUCCCGCGUGGUGAGUACGGGCCGGUGCUGUGCGUCAGGUGUCGCCCAUGAGCGAGCUGCUGCUGCUGGCGGCGCUGUGCGCGGGCUGCUCCGCCGCGCACGUGUACUACGGCUCCCGCGUGGUGAGUACGGGCCGGUGCUGUGCGUCAGGUGUCGCCCAUGAGCGAGCUGCUGCUGCUGGCGGCGCUGUGCGCGGGCUGCUCCGCCGCGCACGUGUACUACGGCUCCC